UGUUCCUCCAUUUUCCUCACCUUCCGCUAUUUGAGAGCUGAUAGAGGAACCGCAUUCACAAGAUGAUAACAAUGGACUGGGUGCCACCAUGUGGAAAACAAUGCACCAAAAAGUUCGCAGCACUUAUCCAGAUUCCAUGGAGAGUAUUUUGCAAAAAGGGAUGCAGUACUGACGGAGACACUUGGGAAGAAUGUAAGCAUUUCUCUUUUGCGUGUCUUCAGGAAUGUUUCCAUGCAUGUGUGGCUGGCUGUGGUUUUAAGUUUGAUAUCCAACCUAAGGAAGUUGAUGAGGUUCAUCCAGACAGACCAUCACCUCCUCCAGUUCAGGAAAAAAAAACAUCAACACAUCCUACUGAACCCAAUGAGAACCCUGGAGAUGUACCUUCAACUUCUGCAUAGGAAGUAACCGAUUUUAUGACAAAUCAUCCAUUCUCAUAAUUUUCAUGACUGAAUUAGUUUGCAGGAGGAGGAUUCUUUUAUAGUGUUUUCACUAUGCCUUGUUAACUAAGCAUAACAGCUCAGGAAAAGUUUCCCUGCUUUAUUCCUUCGACUAGGGUUCGCAUCCUUGACCCUGGAUCCGGAGCAUCUGGUUUUCAAGAUUUUCGAUACCUUGAUAAUUAAUAGCUGAGUUUUUUUAACAAUUUGGAGGUGGAAAAGUUAGCGUACUAUCCGGGAGCUUUAACAGAAAACCAGACCGAUACUGGACUCCACAUUAAUUUAAUUCUGACAGAAGACAAUGUGAGGCACCAAGGAUUUAUCCUAUUGCUCGUGAUAGUUUUUCUUAAGGAGCAAAAACAGUCAGGUACAUUCUGACAGAUUGUAGAAGCAGCUGCAUGUGAAAUUCAAGCAUUUUACUUUUUUCUC